CAGGGAGUCGCUCAAUGCGAACAAUAUUUGUAAGUAACAAAACCCGGCCUCCCCUGAGCCAGCCCGUCAAAUUGUUGUGCCUGGCCGCAGCCACUGGUGGCCCGAGUCGCGCGCCGCUCGUCAUCCCAGGCCCCUCGACAGAUCAAUCGCAGUCAGCAGGUCUCCGCCGAGAGUAGGCCACGCACGCCGCGCCCAACCCGUGUCGCAGUUGUGGCCACCCGAGGCCCUCACCGCCAGGCCCACUAGUCGCAGCCCGAGUGCCCUGGUGCCCGCAGUGCCCCCCAGUCCCAGUGGCACGUCCCCUGCCGCAGCGCUCCUCACGCCCCCGCACCUACUGUUAAUGCAUAGCGGACCCACGGGCCCUCCGCAACGCUCCCCUGUGGCUGCUUCGCCGCCCCUGCGGGUCUACGCUGCUCCCUCCGCGCCCUCGUCCUCCCCUCGUGCUCACUCUCAGCCUCUAGUGACGUCACAGUGCAGCGUUACAUGUGACUCCCAGUGCUGUAACAAACCCUGAAGGAACACAGUGAUAAACAUAAUCGGUGACGCCGAUAAGCAGAGUGUCGCCGACCCGAAGGACCGCACGUGCGCCUCCAGACUGGCGACGACCGGAGCCGUGAGCGACCGGUUGUUGUAGUGAGGGGUACGAGGAAUGUUCGGCCUAGGCGAGGGCCUGCCACAGCCGCGGGGCCCCGUCACCACGCUCAAGGAGGAGCCCUUGUCGUCUACGAGGUCCUGGAUGCAGCCAACCAUGGUGGAGAACACCCACUCGAGCGUGGGCCUCGGACGCGCGCACUUCGAGAAACAGCCUCCGAGUAACCUCAGAAAGUCGAAUUUCUUCCACUUCGUCAUCGCCCUGUACGACCGCGCGGGCCAGCCCAUCGAGAUCGAGAGGACGGCCUUCCUCGGCUUCAUCGAAAAGGACCAGGAACCAGAAGGACAGAAGACAAGCAAUGGCAUCCACUACAGAUUACAGCUUCUCUUUGCAAAUGGCGUUAGACAAGAACAAGAAAUAUACGUGAGAAUAAUUGACUCCGUUACAAAACAGGCUAUCGUAUACGAAGGACAAGACAAAAACCCGGAGAUGUGCCGAGUCCUACUCACACACGAGGUCAUGUGUAGCCGGUGCUGUGACAAGAAGAGCUGUGGAAACCGCAACGAGACGCCCUCAGACCCCGUCAUCAUCGACAGGUUCUUCCUCAAAUUCUUCUUGAAGUGUAACCAGAACUGUCUCAAGAAUGCAGGGAACCCCAGAGACAUGAGGCGCUUCCAAGUGGUCAUCUCCCAGCAGGUGGACGUCGCAGGCCCUCUGUUGGCGGUUUCAGACAACAUGUUUGUUCACAAUAAUUCGAAGCACGGCAGGCGGGCCAAGCGCCUCGACCCUACUGAGGGCAUGUUCGGUAUGCACGCCCCAGAUACUGACCUCGUUCGCCCCUCAGGUCUGUACCCUCCGCUCCCGGCCACGCCCUGCAUCAAGGCCAUCUCCCCCUCGGAGGGCUGGACCACCGGCGGCGCCACCGUCAUCAUCAUCGGCGAUAACUUCUUCGACGGUCUGCAGGUCGUCUUCGGGACCAUGCUCGUCUGGAGCGAGCUGGUGACGUCACACGCCAUUCGGGUCCAGACGCCGCCCCGCCACAUCCCCGGCGUGGUCGAAGUGACGCUCUCCUACAAGUCAAAACAGUUCUGCAAGGGCGCACCCGGCAGAUUCGUCUAUGUCUCCCUGACGGAGCCCACCAUCGACUACGGUUUCCAGCGGCUGCAGAAGCUGAUCCCGCGGCACCCCGGCGACCCCGAGAAGCUCCCGAAGGAGAUCAUCCUGAAGCGCGCGGCGGACCUGGCGGAGGCGCUGUACUCCAUGCCCAGGAACAACCAACUCGCUCUGCCGGCGCCGCGCUCGCCCGCCAUGAACCAGACCUCCGCCAUGACCGGGUUUAACACCUACACCGGCCAGCUCGCCGUCAGCGUCCAGGACACGGCCAACACGCAGUGGGGCGAAGACGACUACACCCGCGCUCAGGGCCCCGGAGUAAGCAUAUCUUCGCCUCGGGGGGGCUUCGGGUCCAACGCCUCCACUCCUCACUCCUCCUCCACCGGCUCCUCCUCCUCCACGUACGGCGCCUCCCUCAACGCCGCCGGAUACUCUUCGCCCUCGAACCUCGCCAACAUGACCACGUCGCCCAGCCUCUUCAACAGCACAUCAACAGCGGGCGGCUAUGGCGGCCACCACGGGUCCUGGGGCACCUCCUCCUCCUGCGCCUCCUCCUCCGCCGCCCUCCUCUCCCAGUUCACGGCGGGGAUGGGCGUGGCCGGAAAUAAUAAGCAGCGUAGUGCCUUCGCUCCAGUCAUCCCCGGCCUCCCCGCCACGCCGCCCCUCACGCCCAUCGCACCCAUGGGCGGCUCCUCUGUGGCGUCCUCCAUGAACCCCAACGGCGCCGCAGUGGCCGUGGCGCCGUGGCAGCAGCUCUUGUCUUAGUGAAUGGGCGGUUUCAUGUCGUCCGCCUUCACCUCGAUGGGCCACUUCCUGCCCCCGUGCGGCUCGCAGCCCUACGGGCCGGCGCUCGUGCACUCCGCCGCCACCAAGUGAUAGUGGGCGUGCGAGUCGUCACGACCCAGCGCCCACGCCUUCCCCGGACACUUCGCCCGCCCGACGGAUCGCGCCCACCCACCCGCGUGCCGCCCACAGGAGCUCGUGGUGGCCGCACACUCCUGCGAGCCGCUGCCGCCGCCGCCGCCCGCACGGACGCUGACGAGCCUGUGACCGAGGCCCUUCCCGAGCGGGUCGUGGGCGCCGGGGCUGCUGUGAAGACCAGACGACUUCGGUGACGAUGAGCGACGACGCGACGCGAUGAGCGAGAGGGAGACGAAGCAAAGCAAAAGAUGCGAAGCAGCACUCAUUCCCAUCCCGAGAACAUCCCCUCCCCGGCGCGCAUCGAGUGAGAUUUCCCGCAUACAUAUCUUCUAAAUCGUAGGCAUUACUCCAGGAGUCGUUCUUCGGGGCGAGUUCGGUGAUGGAAAGGUCCGUUCACGAGAGACACACCAGUUAUCGCAGGUCUACUCGACGGGGGUAUAAGGUCCCCUGAUCCUUAUACCCGACCCUAAGUAGAUGACAUUGCCGGCCAGCUCCACCAAGCUCAGCCGGCCAUGGGGCUUCCUCAUUAUAUAAGUCUCAGCUGCCAUACCUAUAUCAGCUGCAUCAUUCCAAAAUGAAUAAAAUAUAUAUAUCUUCAGGUGUCCUGUGUGGACGAGAAGUAAGUGGUGUUUUCAGGAGGAUUUGGACCCUCAUAGCUCCCCAUCCCUCACCCCUAUUCCUACCCCCCCCCCCCCCAAUCGCGCCUCCUUUCAUACGAGCGUAAAAAAAGGAACACUUAGGAAUGCAUAAAACAUUUCCUAUUAUUUCAGUCACGGGUCUAAUGUCAGUUCUUUUUUUGUUGUAUUUGGCAGUGUUUUUUUCGUUAACCAAUCAGAGUGCAGUAUUAUGUAUUUCUGCCGACCAAUCACAGCUUUAGUUUCCGGGUCUUGACGCUUGUGCAUUUGGCGGGAGAAAAUGAGCUUUAAAAUAGUCUUCAGUUUCUUCAAACAAAUUGUAUAGCAUAGUUUUUCACACACUGUUUUGUUAUAAUUGCAGAUUGUGCGUUUUUUGUAAAUAUUUUUUCCACCUUUAUAACAGACACGUCAAUCUCAUUUGACUUCGGUCCAUUUUGUAAUAUCAACAAUCACAACGCAAAAAAAUUUGUAACAUUUAAAUAUUUGAAUAUCAAUGCUUCCUACGAGUACAUAAUUUUUUUUGAGUUAUUCAUAAACUGUAAUUAGGAUGAUCAUGUCACAUAGAGCCCCCUUUUGAGAAAUCAAAGGCGUUUUUAUCAACCAUUCAGCAAACGAGAGAUUGAAACACUGGCCCCCUCAUAGCAUAAUAGUGUUGACAAUGAUAACCCGUUUCAGCCUCUAUGGCACUUUGGAAAAAAAAAAUAACUUGUAAAUUAUGUUUUGUAAAUAUCUGUACAUUUUUUUAAAGAGGAAAACAAAUAACAACAACUGUAAACAAAUAACUUUCAUAAGUUAUUUGAUGGUUAUAUCUUUUUUUUUUUUAGGUAGAUGUUAACGAUUAUGUAUAUUAUUAGCUGAUAUUUUGUUGAUAUUCUGUAUUGUUUUUUCUCUCUCUCUUAUGUUUCUUCGUUCUGCAUCAAAAAAUAAAUAAAUAAAAUAACGCAGGAUGUUCUCAUAAAGGCAGGACCAUAUUCCCAUUUUCUGUGUCUUCUUCGACGACAUCCGUUUUCUAUGUCUCGGGCGGCUGAAGUACCAAAAGAAAAAAAGAAAAAAAAAAUGUUUCUUGGCAAAAUGAAUAGCUCAUCGGGCCAUGUUUUCCCUACAACGAGUUUUAUAGAGGUACAUGCAUGGCACUUCAGCCGCCCACCGAAUUUAAGAUAUUUUUCUGGCAAUUCAAAAAAAAAGAUAAAUAAAAGAAUUUCGAUGGACAAUAAGAUUUCCACACUAAGCUUUUCUAUUGUACCUGUAAAUACUCGUAACAUAUCAUUUACAAAUACUCAGAUUAUAUGGACUUGUGGUAAUAUAAUGGACACCACGUAUGAUGUGCAAUAUGCUACGGAUUUUAUCAUUUAGUCAUGACUGAAUGAUCUUGAAAUGUAAAGAAGAAAUAAAAGAAUAUAUAUCUUCUGAGGUCACAUCUCGACAUUGUGAGAUGCAGUAUACUGUGAAGUUCUUUCUGGUGGCGUGAACACGAGAAAACAGUAAAUGUGUAAACAAACAUGUGUAAAAAUAUGCUUAAAUCCUGAAGCAUCUUAUUUUUAUAUCGUUUAAAUAAUAAAAAAAGGGAUGUGCUUUUAAAGAAUGUAACGUAUCAACACAGACAUUUCCAAAAGAAUUUCAAAAAUUUAAAUCCAUAUUCUCAUUUUGAAUAUAUUCAUUUUAUUUUUAAACUUUUUCGAAAUAAUCCCAAAAUGAAUACAUUUUUUGCACACGUAGCCCUCCUUUCGCCGCCCCCCCCCCCCUAAUAACACGCGAACAAUUUUUUUUUUCUUUUUUUUUCGAAAAUGUUUUAUUGUGUACGCGAUCUCGCCACCAGAUUGCGCCUUCUGAUUUUACCUGACUCUCUUCACAUCAUCUUGUUGUUUAAGCAGAAGCAUCGCUAUGUUAAUGUGUGAUAGUCUGAUACCCUUUAUGUGUUUAGGGUAAGAAAAUUAAAUGUAUUCUUUAUCAUGUACAGAGUAAAAUUUUCAACUUAAUUUCCUAGGUGUAUAAUAAAUUUUAUAAAAACCUAU